AUGACAGUUGCCGCGCCUCCUGUGGCUCCAGUCCAUGAAAAUGGGCUCAACGGAGUCCCGCAUGGACACCAUGUGAAUAUGAGCCUGCCACGUUUCCAUCCAAUCGCCAUGAACCCGACUCAGAUCGCCCAUCAUGAACAUAUCAUGCAAAAUCACCAUCACUUCCGAUCCUUCCAACCUCCACCUAUGCAAGAGCCCGGUCCCCCGGCACCGCCGCCGCCGCAUAACCCGGUAGACCACAUUGAGGCCCGCCUAAGGCAAUUGGAGCACGAAGAAGCAUCGCGUAUGGCAGCUCGUAGCCAUCUACUUGCCGUUCGAAAGCGAGAGGACGAAGAUUAUCGUAGGAUGACCGAAAAUGCCGAAGCCGAAGAAGAGGACCUACGUAGGCAACGGAAACGCCUGAAGCGGGAGUCGAUGGGACUGGGAUUUAAUGCCGGCAUGGAUUCUCCGCCUCUUCGCCCAACGCCGCCACGUCGUCUCUCGGAGACCAAUGCGGCCACCACCCUUGCAUUCUUCAAGCAGCAAAGUCCCCCAGAACCUCGGCCAAUUCCUCCACCGCCAGUUCAAGCACCCCCACCUCAUCCGCCGCCGCAGCACAUUCCUCACGACCCGACGGGCGCUACUUCGAUCCGACGGAAACAGAAAUAUACCAUUAAGAACGUGGAAGCGUGGGGGGAACGCCAUGGACGGCCAGCGGCGCAUGAUCCUUCCGGUCGAGCCCUGUGGAAGCGACCAUCGGACGGGAGUUUGGUGUAUCUGACGUGCCCGGUGUCCGGCUGUGGCAAGUCGGAUUUCGUAACUCUCCACGGGUUCAUGUGCCAUCUGACCAAGAAGCACAAAGACCGCAGUUUGGGGAGUCAGUCCCGGGCCCUCGAGGUCUGCGGGAUCGUGUACGAUCCGAACGCGCCUCUGCCCCCGAUGUCCACAGUCAAUCGUGCAUCGACUGAAGAAAGUCGUCUAGAGUCGGCCCCCACCGAUCUGGAGGGCUACCAACAAGAGGUGGAAUAUUCUUCGGCCUCAGAUGAGGAGGAAACCCCAGAGAAGCCUUGUCGCGUGAAGACAGAAUCUUCAGACCGGCCAUUGGCCAUCCCCGCCGCGUCUUUGUCGGCCGAAGAGGAACGAAAUAAGGCACCCAACCCCACCCCCAACACCUCCACGAAGCAGUCCAUCUCCUCCAUCAUUGACCGGGACCCCGAAGACGAUGCUCGCGAGCGGUUAAACUCCAUCCCCCGUCCUCUUGAGAUCGUAUCCCGAGCCUCUCCCGAGCCACGACGCCCUACCUUGGACGAGGCUGAAAUGCCUCGACACCGAGACCGAGACGAACCCGAGCGCAGCAGCGUGUUGAAAGAAACCGCUGAGGCUAGAUAA